AUGGAUGUACAGACUGUCCCCCGCAAGCUAUGGGAGCACCCCAACCCCGAGUCCACAACCAUGUACCAGUUCAUGCAGGACGUAAAUCGUAUGCAUGAUGUGAAGCUCAAAAAAUACGAUGACUUGUACCAAUGGUCCGUCAACAACCGCGGCGCCUUCUACGACGGAGUCUGGAAACUAGGGAACUGGAUCCACGAGGGGACAUACAGCCGUGUCGUCGAUGAAACGGCACCCAUCACUGAUCUGCCCAAGUGGUUUGAGGGCGUCAAGGUCAAUUUCGCGGAGACUUUCCUCUGGACUACUGGUGCUUCGCCUGGCGAGAGGACGACCACGAACAAGGAGGAUGAUCGUGUUGCCGUGACCGAGAUUCGCGAGGGCAACACGGAAGUCAGAAACCACACGUGGGCGGACCUACGACGCAGAGCUGGUGAGCUUGCCGGCUCCCUGAAGGCAAGGGGAGUCGUGGAAGGCGAUCGCGUCGUUGUUGUCGGUGCACAUAGCGUCAGCACUUUUACCGUCAUGCUCGCGACGCUAUGGCUCGGCGGUAUCUUCAGCAGUAGCUCGACGGAUAUGGGCGUUGGUGGUCUUCUCCAAAGGACGACACAAAUCGAUCCCAAGUUCGUCUUCUUCGACGAUGGGGCCAUCUACAAUGGCAAAAAGAUUGACCUGCAAGACAAGAUCCAGGGGGUGACGGAGGGCAUGAGGAAAUGCUCAAGCUUCAAGGCUACCGUCAUCAUCCCUCGCUUCGAGGCCUCUCGCCGAGCUCCAAAGGCCGGAAUAGACAACACGGAGACACUGGAGGCUUUUCUACGAGGGUCGCCUGCGCCCCCACCCGAAUUGGCUCGUGUUGCCUUCCAAGCACCCAGCAUCAUCUACUACUCAUCUGGCACCACUGGGACGCCCAAAGCCAUCGUCCAUAGUACGGGUCCCCUGCUUUUGAAUCUUAGCAAGGAGAGCACCCUCCACCACGACUUAGACAGAACCGACGUCGCGAUGCAAUAUACGACAACUGGCUGGAUCAUGUAUCUCGCCAGCGUGGCCCAUCUGCUAAUAGGUGGGAGGGCUAUCUUCUACGAUGGAAGUCCCCUUCUCCCCGAUGCGGCGGUGCUCUUGAGAAUCAUGGAACAACAGGGCGUCACGUUCUUUGGAACCAGUCCAAGGUGGAUGAGCGAGGUCAGAAAAAGUGGCAUUCGUCCCCGUGAGGACUUCAACCUCAGCAAGUUGAAGAUGGUGAGCAGUACCGGCAUGGUUCUCCCCGAUGAGCUGUUUGAGUGGUUCUACGACACAGCUUUCCCAAUGAAUGUUCAUCUGUGCAACAUCUCUGGCGGUACAGAUAUCGCUGGCUGCUUUGUCAUUGACAACCCCCUCACCCCAGUCUACGUUGGCGGCACUCAAGGUCCUGCUCUCGGUGUACCCUUUGCCGUAUACGACCAUGACCUUGAGCCCGGUCAAAAAGGAGUGCCUCUCCCAGCAGGCACGCCAGGCGAUCUCGUCGCGCCGGCCGCGUUCCCCAACGUACCGCUGUUCUUGUGGAACGAUGGCCCCAAGGCACCUGGUCCCAAAUACACGUCAGCAUACUUUUCCCGAUUCAAGAACACCUGGGCGCAAGGCGACUUUUGCGUCAUCCAUCCCGUCACGGGCAAUGUCAACAUGCUAGGUCGAUCCGAUGGCGUCUUGAACCCCAGCGGUGUCCGCUUCGGCAGCUCCGACAUCUAUGGUGUCGUAGAGAAGUAUUUCGCCGAUGAGAUUAGGGAGAGUAUCUGCGUGGGCCAGCGUCGGCCCCAAGAUCAGGACGAGAGGGUGGUCCUCUUCCUGCUCAUGCGCGAGGGCAGGACGCUGACAAGGGGCUUGGUGAGCGACAUUCGAGAGAGGAUCGCCAAGGAGCUCAACAAGAGGCACGUGCCCAAGUAUAUUUUUGAGGUCCCCGAUAUCCCUACCACAGUCAACCUCAAGAAGGUUGAGCUUCCCGUGAAGCACAUUAUAUCUGGACGCACAGUGAACCCCAGUGGAACACUGCUGAAUCCCCAAAGUCUUGACUUUUUCUACCGCUUCCAGAACGUAGAAGCCCUUACAGAGCCACAGGCCAAGCUAUAG